AUGAAAGAUGCGGACCGGUCAUUCCUCAAUAAGAAGACACAAACCUGUUAUUAUGGUUACGGUAACAAAAAGAUGCUACCUUACAACGCUGCGAAACGAAAGUGCGAAGACGCCGGUCUUCACAUCGUCUUCAUGGAAACGGAAGAGGAGCGUGAAUACGUAGCCAAAGAAAUAACGCAAGAAAUUGGAGGUCAUUGGAUUGGCGCUGAAAUGUUCAGUCAUAGAUGGUACUGGGUGCGGGGCUGUGAUGCACUAGAUCCUAUCGUCAACCCCCCUUGGCGCUAUAAUCAUUCGGUCAACUACUCACGUGCUAUCAUUUGGGGAGACAAGUGGUCAGGGAAAUUUCCAGGUCAAUAUUGCCGAUUUGUCUGCGAAGAAGAACCCUUCAAAGAAGAAAUUUGCGAUGGAUUCCGCAGUUUCGAAAGAGUCAACGAAUGGUCAUCAGAUGCGUUCUUUCGCAGUUUUAACACGCUUCACGAAGUUGAUUGUGGCCGGUUGUGCCUCGCUGACCCCAGUUGCAAAGGUUUCCGCUUCCGAAAAAGUGGUCAUCAUAAGUGCGCCCUCUACAAUCGGAGCAACACGACAACGAAAACAAAAACUAGAUGCGAUGCUCCGAGAGAAGAAAGAAGGUACAUCUAUCUAUCUAUCGAUCUAUCUAUCUAUCUAUCUAUCUAUUAA